GAUAUGGUUGUGGAACAGUGCACGCCCGACCCGUUCCCUCUAAUGUGGCCGAUAGUUGCCCCAUUUUGGGCAGAUGUCGAUACCAACAAUGGAGGAACUGUUUACUAUAGAGAAAUGACCAGACAUGUUGAUGUAAAAUUAGCUGAAUAUGUUGAAGGAAUUGUUCGAAAUCACGAAAUAACACAACCAAAUUUCGAACUGAUUUGGUUGUUUGUUGCAACAUGGGAUCAAGUGGCGUUCUACGGAUACUCUGGCCAACCACCAAUGAUUAAUAACACGUUCCAAGCGUUGCUGGUGACAGACGGAACAUCUUCGUUCGCAAUUUUUAACUACGGUGACAUACAGUGGACAACUGGAAGUGCUAGUGGGGGUAAAUUGACUGGUCUUGGAGGAAUACCAGCUCAGGUAUUAAACGAGAGGUCCGACUCUCAGGGUUUCGUUGGAACGCAAUCCUAUUUCAAUGAGAACUACCAAGAACUAGAGGGCGUCCUUCGAAAUUCGAACUACUGUAUAUUCAAAUUACAUUCAAAAGUCUGUGUGUGCCAUUAUAGAUACAAAAUUUUGUACUUCAACUCCAACCAUUGUCAGGCCGACUGAGGUGGUCUAAAGACCCUCCAUCUACAAAAAUCCUCCUCCUCGUUCCUUAAUUUCAAAUUACUUAAUUGGUAAUGACGAUGAUAAUGAUGAUGAUGAUUAUGGUAUUGGUAGUGGUUAUAAUGAUGAUGGUAGAGGUGAUAAUGAUGGUGGUGAUGAUGAUUAUGGUGGUGGUGAUGAUGUGGUGAUUCACGUAGCUUCAACAUACAUCAGAACUCCUCCUUUGGGACAUCCCUAUUAUUGGGACACUCUUAAUAAGGGGAUACU